AUGAAUCAUUUUUUGGAGUAAUGGACAAUGAAUUUGACCUAAAUGCUUCAGAAGAUAAAGAAAUGAACAAAGAUUUUUGGGCUAAAAAUGCAUCACGUUGGUAUCGUUUAGGUAUUCAACUUAAUUCCAAUAAUGGUAAAUUUUAUCAUCAUUUGGGAAUUCUUACAGGUUACAACGAAUUUAAGUCACUCUAUUAUUUUUGUAGAAGUCUCUCGGUAAACACUCCUUUCUUAGCUGCCCGUGAAUCACUUAUUGCAUUAUUUGAAUCAAAUAGAAAACGUUUUUCAAAUCUUACGACAAAUAAACAUAAACAAAAGGGUCGUCGUGGUUAUUUGUAUAGAGAAAAUUCUCAACCAAAAUCGGUUGAUGUUUUGACCAAAUUACCAAUUGAAUGCUUGUUUUCCAGAUUACAUGGGAUGCUUUUCACUAAAAUUGGGCUUGAGAAUUUUGAAAAUAUUCUUAAGAUCUUUUUAGAAAAAUUAAAUAAAUGGGAAAAUCCUUGUUCAAUAGAUGACUCAAAUGAAACUCGAUGGCUAGAAACUUAUUUGAAAAUGGCAGUUAUAAAUCUUUCUAGCUUGUAUAAUUACGGGAGUAAAGAAG